AUGCCAACAGAACAAAUCACUCUUGGCAGCACAACUGCCACAAGAGAGGUUAUUGGUUUUAACCUUUCCUUGUUAAAAGGAGGAACUAUUACUCAAACCAUUGUGGGUGGUGUCAUUACUGCUCUUGUGGUUGCUUCCACUGUUGCUACCAUCAUUCUCGUCUCUGUGGGAGUUGGUUAUUCUCCACCUCUCGCAAAGAAUGACUUUGCCACCACUUACAAGCGUGUGCCUAUUACAAUCAAUGUCUUGUUGAACGAUGUCGAUCCUCGUGGUGGUAAUUUGACUUUGACUGAUAUUGCCAUUCAACCUCAAUAUGGUACUGUCAAGAUUGUUUCUCGUACCUCUGUAAUGUAUCAAUCUCUUGGGGCAUUUUGUGGUAAUGAUACUUUUUCAUAUGUGGUUUCAAAUUCUUUUCUUACUGCCAAUGCCACCGUUACUGUUCAAGUCUUGAAUAGAGCUCCUCAAGCGAUACCAAUUGCCAAGACUGUUCCAAAGAAUUCUCCAAAAUUCCAAGUGGAUAUCUUCUCCUACAUUGGAGACAAUGGAGAACGUAUCUCAGAUAUUGAUAAUGAUGUUCUCUUUGUAACUGGUUUCUCUGACAAUAAGAUUGUUUCUGGUGGAAGCUCUUCACAAUUGGGACUUGUUCAAGUUGAUAAGUUUACAGGUUUCUAUUAUACUCCUUCUCCAAAUUUCAAUGGAGUUGAACAAUUCAAUUAUGCCAUUUCUGAUGGUAAUGAUACUUCAACUUCAACUGUUACUUUGACCAUUGCCAAUAAUCCACCUGUGGCUGUUGAUGAUGUUUAUAGAGUUCCAAAGUAUAGAUCUGCUGUAUUGAAUGUCUUGUCCAAUGAUUAUGAUAUCAAUGGUGAUAAUAUUACUCUCACUCGUGCAUUAGGUGCAAGUUAUGGAGCUGUCAGUGUGAGCAAAGACAAGUUGACCGUUUUCUAUACAACCUCAAGCGUCAUGACCACAAAGUAUGGAGACUCAUUCGAGUAUUCCAUUACUGAUGGUAAUGCCGAGAGUUCUGCUGUAGUCUUUGUUCAAGUUUACAACAAUCCUCCUCAAGUUUUUGGACAAACUGUCAAUGUUGCCAAGUCAUCUGUCAACAACAACAUUCCAAUUAUUUACUAUGAUCCUGAUGAAAAGGAUUUAGUGACUCUCACCAAGGUUUCACCAUCCUUGCCACAAGGUUCCAUCAAAGCUACCAAGACCUACGCUGUCAAGUACUUUGAGUGUUGUGAUUAUAUCAAUGUUGAAAUUAACAAUUACACCAUUGUCUUUACUCCAACUCCAAACACUGUCUACACAACCUCUUUUGACAUUACCAUGAAUGAUGGUGAAGCAGAUGGAUCUGGAAAGAUUACUGUCAAUGUUGUCAAUACUCCACCAGUGGCUGUUGAUGACAAUGCAAGCUGUGGAAAGAACUUACAAACUCUCAUUAAUGUGGUCGCUAAUGAUUAUGACAAUGAUGCAGGUGACACUGCUCUCAUCAAAUUGACAACUGACUCUUGGACAACUGCCACUCAAUUGGGUGGAUCUGUGACUCUCUUCAAUGACACUCAUGUUUUGUAUGUUGCUCCAACUGGUAAGGUUGGUCAAACUGAUGUUGCUACUUAUAGAAUUACUGAUCAAAGUAAGACCAGCUCUGGUUUUCCAGAUCCAACAAGUUUUGCCACUGGUAAAAUUUAUAUUAAUCUUGUCAAUAAUCCACCAACUCCAGCCGAUGAUACAUUUACCAUUCCAAAGGGUAAAUCCACUGUUUUGAAUGUUUUGGCCAAUGAUGCUGAUCCAAAUGAUGGACCUUCCUCUGUGAGAGUUAUUAACUCUGUCGAUGCUUCUUCCAAGAAGAAUAUCUUGCCAUCUAUUUUGAGAAACCAAAUUGGUGGAAACAAAGAUGCUUUGUCCUAUGCUGCUGUCAAUCAAGAAUAUACUGAUUCUUUCACUUAUGAUGUCACUGAUCAAGAUGGAAUGACAUCCACUUAUAAGGCUAUUGUGACAUUGAAUGUUGUUAACACUGCUCCAGUUGCUGCAGAUGAUUCUUUUUCCACUUUAUGGAAUAGAGGUGUUGAUUGCAAUGUUAAGGCUAACGAUCAAGAUGAAAAUGGUGAUUUACCAUCUUCAACGAUUCAAGUCACAACUCUUCCUGGACACGGUACUGCAAUUGUUGUUGGUGACAUUGUGAGAUACACUCCAGCAAAUGGAUAUGUCGGUCCUGAUUCAUUCCAAUAUCAAUUGAAUGAUGGUUCCUCUUCAAAUGCACUCUCCAAUGUUGCAACUGUCACCAUCAAUGUCAUCAAUAAUGCUCCUGUCACUGUUUCUGACUCUGUCACUACUCACUGGAAUAAUCCAACUGGUGUGGUCAUUUCCCCUCUCGUCAAUGACAAUGAUCCAGAUGGAGAUGCUCUUUCUGUUUCUGCUGUUAGCUCUGAUCCUGCCACUGUUGGUACAGCAACACUUGUUGAUUCUCAAACUGUUCGAUUUGUUCCAAGUACUUCCAAACCAAUCACUAUUGGAUCCAAUGUUAAACAAUUCACUUACACUGCUUCUGAUUCCAACAAGCAAACCAUUGGUACAAUCUUUGUCACUCUUACCAAUAACAAACCAGUUCCAUCGGAUGACACUUUCACUUUGCAUUGGUCUGCUCCUGCCACUGUUUUGGAUGUUUUGAAGAAUGAUGUGGAUGCCGAUGGUGACUCACUUACUGUUUCAAGUGUUGACACUACUGCUACUUCUGGUUCUGCUGUGGUUACUUCUGGAAGUGGUUCUGUCACUUAUACACCAAAUAAGAGUUUCAUGGGUGUCACUGAUCAAUUCAAAUAUACUGUGAAUGAUGGUGCUCAAGACUCUGCCAAUCAAGGAACUGUCACGAUUCAACUCACUAACAAUGACAAACCAACUGCCUCUGAUGUCUCUUAUUCCGUUCAUUGGAGAGUUUUGCAAAAUGCUGGAGGUUAUCAAGAUUUCGAUGUACUUUCUGGUAAGACCACUGACAAUGAUGGAGAUUCUCUCUCUGUUUCCGUUGUUACCUCAAGCUCAUGUUCUGUUGUCAACAAUAAGGUUCGUGUGACUGUUGCAAGUGGAAGUGCCAUUGGUCCUACUUCAUGCUCAUUCACUGUCACUGAUGGUCACGAUAGUGUGACAAAGACUGCCACUGUGAUUACUUUCAACACUGAUCCAACAUGUUCUGAUAUUACAGUUUCAUUUGAUCCAAACAAUUUCGCUACAGGACAAAAGAUUGCAGUGACCAGCUUUGUUAAUGAUUUGGAUGCUGCUGAUGUCAGUUUCUUAAUGCCAACUCAACUCGGUGGAAUACAGGUUGGAGAUUCCCUCACUGUUGUCACAAGUGAUAGAUCUCUUCUUUUCAAACCAGCCCAGACUGUUUCAACUCGUCACAUGACUUAUAAGGUUACUGAUGGUGUUGUAAAUUCUGCAUCUUGUGCAUUGACAGUUGACGUUUCAUCGACUUCACCAAGCGCUUAUACUAAGAGUGUCUCUGUUCAUUGGAAUUCUGCCAAUAACCAAAUUGAUAUCUUCUCCGCCAUUCCAACUUCAACCUACCAAACCAUCUAUCCAGGAUAUUCUGCCACUUCGAUUACGUAUAAUUCCGGUAAUAAGAUGAUUUACUACACACCAAAGAAGGCUGUUGGUUUUGACAAGUUCAUUGUUGGUAUUAAGGAUUCUCUCAACACUCCUCAAAACGUCACUGUUUCUGUCACUAUUUACAACAAUGCUCCAAGUGCUUCUGUUCCACAAGCUUCAGUGGUUUGGAGUUCAACUGGUAUUGAUAUUGACCUUCUUGUUGCCUAUUCUGAUGCUGACAUGACUGCUGGUUAUGAACCAUUGGGAACUGUCACUUCUCUUGACACCACUGGAUGCAAAGGAAGUGUAACCCUCAAGGCUGACAAGAGAACGGCAACAUUUGUUCCACAAGGAACUUUCACUGGUUUGACUCAAUUCAAGGCAACUGCCACUGACGGUAUUGCUACAACUACUUUCACUGUCUCAGUUCAAGUCACUAAUCAAGCUCCAGUCACUCAACCAAAGACUGCCACCAUUUCUUGGUCUCAACACAAGGCAGGUUACACCAUUAAUGUAUUGAAUUAUGGUGGUAAGGUUGAUACAGAUGCAGAUGGAAAUGCUUUGACUGCUUCUCUCACGAGUGGUGUUUCUCCAUCAACUGCUGGUUCAGUUGUUCUUUCUGCUUCACCAAAUGCAUUAGUCAAUGCUGGAUCAAGCGUUUAUUUGGGUUCAUUCUCAUUCUCUUAUGCUGCCUCUGACUCUGUGACUUCAACUCCAGGAAGUGUCACAGUGACUGUCACAAAUACUUUACCAUCUCCAUCACCUGUCAAUACGAAUGCUCACUGGAGAUCUAGUGGUAUCACUCUUGAUCCUGUUGUAAGCUAUGCUCCAACCCGAAAGGAUUCUGAUGGUGACUCAUUGACCAUUACUGCUGCUUCUGCUUCAAAGGGUACUGCUGUUGCUAAUACCAACACUAUCACUUAUACUGCUCCUUCAGUCCUUGGUUUGGAUGUCGUCUCGUACACUCUCAGUGAUGGUGCUCAAACUGUGUCAAAUGCCAACACUGUUGUCAAUGUCAAUGUGUUCAACACGAAUCCAAAUGCUGCUUCUUUGAAUAUCAAUACCGUCUGGUCUAAAUCGACCACCAAAGAUUUAACUGGAGCUUGUACUGAUACUGACCCAUUGGAUGCUUCCUAUGUGAGAUUUACUGGUACAGUUUCUAAUGCUGUUGGAGGAACCACUUCAGUGAGUGGAAAUAUGCUGACAUUCACUCCAAAUCUUGCUGCUUCUUCAUAUUCAUUGUCUGGAAAUGUUUACACAGGAAGUGGUAGCUUCCAGUACACUUGUACGGAUGGUAUGGGAACAACCACAGGACCUGUCUCUGUCACGAUCACCAAUAAUGCUCCAACUGGAACUGGUGCUUCGAUCAGCAUCGCAAGAGAUUACACCAAGACAACCUAUGAUUUCACAUUUGCUCAAAUGGGUACAUUCUCUGAUGCUGAUGGUGAUAUCAUUUCAGUGAUUAAGGUUGCCACCACUUCUGACGUCACUGUCACCACUACUGCCACUGGUAUUCGAUUGACUACUUCUCAAACGGUUCAAGGUGCUAAAGCCAUUACCUUCAAAUUGUUUGAUGGACUUCAUGAAAGUGUUAAUACUUUGACAUUCACUGUUACUUUCACCAAUGCUGCUCCAACAUGUGUUGCUGCCACUUUCAAUGUCAAUAAGGGACAAAGUGUUGACUUGUUACCAACACUCAAAUUGCAAACAUCAGAUGCCAACAAUGAUCAACUCACUAUUAACUUGGCUGGUUCUGUUCCAUCCACAUUGGGUACUUUGAGUGGAACGACCUUCACUGCUUCCUCAACCAAGAGUGGUACAAGCACUGCUCUCACAUUCUCUGUUUCUGAUACUCAACUCAGCAAUUCAUGUGUAAUUACCAUCAAUGUGAUCAAUGCUGCUCCAACUGCUCAAAAUGAUGUAUGGGCUAUAGCAAGUAGUUCUCAAUUAACUUAUACCUAUUCUUAUACCAAGUUCUCAGAUUCUGACACUGCUGAUAUUCUUACUGUAACCAAGGUUUCUGAUACUUGUAGUUCAAUUGCUACUUCAGUGACCAUCUCUACUGCUGGUCUGAUCACCUUCAAUCGACAAAGCUCUGUGACUGCAGGAUCAUGUACUUUGAAUGUUAAAGUUACAGACAGCGACAAUAACCCACUCUCAGCCACUGCCACGAUCACUAUUGGUCUUUCUUCUCAAACACCAGUGGCAAGAAAUGAUCGAUUCUCAAUUAAUCAAGGACAAACAAUUAGAAUUUAUGUUUCACAAAUGUUGGCCAACGAUACUGAUGAAUUUGGUUCAAGCAGUAGCCUCACAUUUGUUGGAUUCAGUUGUCCAGAUUCUACUUAUUGCCACAGAACUCCAAGACAAAUUAAUGUCAAUGGACAAGUUGCUAUUGAAGUUGAUAGUGAUCCUUUAACCUGUCAAGCAGACAAAUUCAGAUAUACCAUGCAAACAUCCUUUGGUGUUCAAAAGAGUGCAGAUGUUUUCAUUGAAUUCAAGAAUUGUUAUUGUACAGCCAAGAUUGACUUUGUUUUCUUGAUUGACGCUUCUGGAUCAAUUGGUACUGACAACUUUAAUAACAUAAGAACCUUCUUAAAGAGUAUUACAGGUAGAUUUAAGCUUGGUAUUGAUGCCAUUCAAGUUGGUAUUGUAAAAUUCCAUGACGAUAACACCAUUGCUUUAGAAUUGUCCACGGAUGGAACUGCCAUUAACAAUACUUUGACUAAUAUGGCCUAUGAUGCAGGAUCUACUGCUCAAAUUUCAGGAUUAAGAGGAGCUUUACAAGUUUUGAGAAAGGGAAGACCAGAUGCUGCAAAGGUUAUUUACAUUUUGACUGACGGUAUGGCAAACGUACCUUGCAACUGUGACGAUUGUGCUUGGGAAUGGUCAAGUGUUCCAACUGUCUAUCAAUAUAGUGUCGACACACAAAUCACCAACAAUCCUGCAUUGACUAGCAAGCAAAAGAGUACUGCCUACAAGAAUUUGUGCAAGUAUCAAUUUAGUGACACAGCUUGGACCUUCUCUGGAAAAGAUUGUAACUAUUGCAAUUGGUGGAACACUGAUUCCUAUUGUUUACCAUGCUCUGAUGCUGUUCCAAUUGCUAAAAAGAUCAAUUCAUGGAAGAAGGAUGCUAAUGGAAACAUGCCAAAUGAUCCUGACAAUCCAUUCAAUGGAAACACCAACGUUCAAUGGAAGAUUGUUGCUAUGGCUGUAGGACCUGCCAUGUCAUUGCCAACUGGUGCUCGUCAAAUUCAAGGAAUGAAUUAUGAUCCAUCUCGUGCCAUGACUGUGUCUUGGACUGACUUGCAAUCCACCUUGUCUGAAAUUGUCGAUCAAUCGUGUAACCUUGUUUCUGUUCAAGGUUUGGGUUUGGGUUUGGGUUUGGGUUUGGGUUUGGGUUUGGGUUUGGGUUUGGGUUUGGGUUUGGGUUUGGGUUUGGGUUUGGGUUUGGGUUUGGGUUUGGGUUUGGGUUUGGGUUUGGGUUUGGGUUUGGGUUUGGGUUUGGGUUUGGGUUUGGGUUUGGGUUUGGGUUUGGGUUUGGGUUUGGGUUUGGGUUUGGGUUUGGGUUUGGGUUUGGGUUUGGGUUUGGGUUUGGGUUUGGGUUUGGGUUUGGGUUUGGGUUUGGGUUUGGGUUUGGGUUUGGGUUUGGGUUUGGGUUUGGGUUUGGGUUUGGGUUUGGGUUUGGGUUUGGGUUUGGGUUUGGGUUUGGGUUUGGGUUUGGGUUUGGGUUUGGGUUUGGGUUUGGGUUUGGGUUUGGGUUUGGGUUUGGGUUUGGGUUUGGGUUUGGGUUUGGGUUUGGGUUUGGGUUUGGGUUUGGGUUUGGGUUUGGGUUUGGGUUUGGGUUUGGGUUUGGGUUUGGGUUUGGGUUUGGGUUUGGGUUUGGGUUUGGGUUUGGGUUUGGGUUUGGGUUUGGGUUUGGGUUUGGGUUUGGGUUUGGGUUUGGGUUUGGGUUUGGGUUUGGGUUUGGGUUUGGGUUUGGGUUUGGGUUUGGGUUUGGGUUUGGGUUUGGGUUUGGGUUUGGGUUUGGGUUUGGGUUUGGGUUUGGGUUUGGGUUUGGGUUUGGGUUUGGGUUUGGGUUUGGGUUUGGGUUUGGGUUUGGGUUUGGGUUUGGGUUUGGGUUUGGGUUUGGGUUUGGGUUUGGGUUUGGGUUUGGGUUUGGGUUUGGGUUUGGGUUUGGGUUUGGGUUUGGGUUUU